GACCAUAUCUUACAGCCCAUUUCACAACUUUCCCCCUUCUUUUCUCCCAAAAGAAUCACAUAGAAUACGACACAGCCGCAAAUACAACACUCUGCCAAGUUCUGGUAAUGCUGGGCGCCUCCCAUCAAUAACAACUACCUUUCGAGACCUCAAAAGCCUCACACGUUCGUGGAGUGGCAGCGGAUGAUCGGCACAAUGUCAACCUCCCAUUUGAAUUCUCCUUCAGCUUCCUUUCCACACCAAGAGCAAGAGCUAUUCUCUUUGGACUUUCUUGCUCUAACUGGGUUGGACGGCUCCAUCUCAGAUACUAACUCGCCACAAGCCAAUUCAAGUCAAUCGAGUCACCGCCAACACGAUCAGAGCGGCGAUGCCGAGGGUCAGACGAGCAAUGAAAGACAAAACUCAAUUUUUUUCCGAGAACAAAGAAGAUCUUCCAAGGAUCUCUUGAACUCAAUGGAAGUAGAUGAACAUACGGGGAAUGCUUUGCGGGGCUUGGGGCACAGUAAUGAUGGGGAAAAUCAACUCCAAGAUUUUGAUUCUUUGCAAGCCGCAUUGUUACAACAGCAACUUCAAGCUAUUCACAUGCAGUCUCCUUUAGGCUUUGAUAUCCAAAAUCCGACCUACCCGCUUGGGCAAUUGCUGGCUUCGCCUGCGUUUGAUGAACUGCAUUCAUCGCCCAAUGGGCACUCUGAGCAACAAACCCUCUCUGUCCACAAUGCUCACCCGAGCUCCCGAUCCGUAUACGACUCGCCUUUAUCACAUCUUGCGUUCAAUGCUCACGGCCACCGUAACUCAUUCUCUUCUAUGUCGACGAGGAGUCCCUUAGAGCAGUUGCAAAGGCAGCAGCAGCAGUUUCAAGAGCAACUUGGAUUACUGCAACGGCAACAGCUCAAGAUGCAGGCAACGGCUGCUGCGGUUAUGGCAGCCUCCACCUCACCAUACAUUGGGCUAAAUGGUCCAUCAUCGACAGGUCCUCGACCUUCGGUGACGCCCGGCAUGACUCCUUCAUCCUCGAACACUGGCAUGUUUUCACCCCUCACUUCUCCAGCUCUUGAAGCCACCAACUACUCUCACCAGUCCCAUGUUAGCCGUCACAGCCAACAGUUUUCUCCUGCCUAUGGCUCGCAGCAUAUUGGCACAUCCGGUAUCCUCAACACUGCUCUAUCUUCCCCCGCCCUCAAUCCCAUUGGUUCUACAGGAGGUGCCAAUCAAACCCUUUCGCCUGCUCUCAACCCUCAAAAUGAAGUGAACAGGGGUGACUCCGAAUAUCUUCAUGCCUUCAUGGGUAUGCUCGAUAGCACCAACAGUGGGAACAGCACACCUGGUGGUGAACCUCCACAACCGAGCUAUCAGUCACCUUCCAUGACAAGCGCUUCCACAGCUGGCAAUUCUACCAUAAUAUCAUCCCCAGCUCUCUAUCCUCAGGGUGCCGGUACCGGUCCUCACAGACAAUCCCUUCCUUUCAAAUCACGCCCUUCGCCGAUGCUCAAACCCACGCAUCACCGAUCGCACCACCGCAACUCUGGCUCUGGCAAUGUCUCCAUUCCUUCCUCACCAGCAAUCCAAAAGUAUCAUCCUGACGCAUCUAUGCCACCUGCUGCUAUGAACUCAGGUCUGCCUCCGCCGGCAAUCGAACACCGACAGAUACAAUCCAAUCUUUCUGUCUCAUCGACCUCUACUCCUUCCCCUGUCGAUCUCAGCCAUAUUAUGCCACCACCACCGGUGCCGACUGGUAAACCCAAGGCACGGAAGGGUGUCUUACCCAUGACUCCAGCUAGUCUAAUGAACCUUGGUUCCGUGGAGAAGCAUGGAUCUCAGUCUGUACCGCUACCAAAGUCUCAGACUUCGAGCGAGUCAAACUCAUCGAUUGGUACAGUCACAGCUGCUACAUCUUCUGGAAGUACAAGCAAGCCGGCUGCCGGGAAGAAAAAAACGGGUGGUCAAGUGGGGAAGAAGACGGCAGGAAGUAAGCUUGUACCGGUGGGAACCACUAAAAGAACUUUGGCUAUGCGACCUCAGACAACUGUUGGUGUACGAUCAGCUACUAAAGCAGCAGCCGCCGCUGCUGCUGCUGCCGCCAUCGCCCCGGCCGAACCCGAAAACCGCAAAAUAUCUCACAAAGCCGCGGAACAAAAGCGCCGAGAUUCUCUCAAAGCCGGUUUCGACGAACUCCGUCUCUUACUUCCACCCAUUAACACUGAAGCUCUAGACCCAUUAUCCGGCGAGCCUAUCCCAGGCUCUUCAGCACCGAGGUUAUUACCCAAGUCUUCUCUUGUACCAGAUGAUAACCCUAAUCGGGGCGUAAGCAAAGUCGCGCUUUUGAGGUUUGGGAAUGAAUAUAUCGGUAAACUGCAAGAAAGGGUGGAUAGGAGGGAUUUGUACAUCGAGAAGCUGAGAGAGGAAGUUAAGCGGUUAAGAGAAGGAGGGGAAGAAGAAGACGUGACGUUGGAUAAUGGCGAGGAUCUUUUGGAGUACGACUGGAGAGAAGGCGAAGAGGAUGAGUUUGGAGAAUGCAAUGGCGAUGACUAUAAUGAAGAUGAGAAGGAAGCGGGGGAGGGGGAUGAGGGAUGAUAUGGAUUUGGAGGAUGAUGGCGGAUAGCAGGUCAAGACGAAGGGGGCUAAAUGCUUUUCAACAGAGCUCGGCGCUGAAGACGAUCGAGUCCAACUUGACGAAAGUCAAUGGUUUGGAGGCGGGGAAUAUCAUUCCGAGGAUGAAGGACAACCAGGAGUCAAGGACUAGGACAAUCACAACAUUUUUUUGGAGCGGAUUUGCUUUAGAAUGUUGAAAAUAUAUAUAAUUAGUACACGUUGGAUUAGAGAAGGCAUCGCUGUACGUAUAGCAAUUAGAACCUUGCUUAUCAUGCCAUGCUCUAUUCGAAAAUGCUUAGUUCUUAUAUUCUAGAGCAUGUAGAGCUCAUUUAUUCAUAUCCUAUACACCUCCUUUAUUACCCUGGAUACCCU